AUGUAUUCAGUAUUAUUAAAAGAAAUUCUUCUUGAACUUGAAUACGAUGAUGAAACAGCAAAACAGGAUUUCGUCGACUAUUGUCGGUAUGAAUACGCUGAUAAUAUUGCUACAUUACGAACCAUCGAUCGAUUUGAACAUGAUUAUUGUCAAGAUCGUGUGAUUUAUUGGUAUAGUCAACCAUGUUUCCUCUUUGAACUACUCAAUCGUUCGUUACGAAGUCAGGAUAUUGAAAUUUUAGUUCGAAUGACUUUUAUCCUACGACAUCUUCACAAACAGAUCGAACAUCUUCAUUCCAUCACCAUGUCAUCAAGAUCGUCUGCUUGCUUUCAUGUUUAUCGAGGUCAAGGUAUGAAUCGUAAAGAAUUCGAUUCUAAGAUCAGAAACAAAGUUGGUGGUCUUCUUUCAUUCAAUAGCUUUCUCUCAACCAGUGAAAAUGCAACCGUAGCAGAAAUAUUUGUUCUUCGCAACGAUCCGGAUAGUGUGGCUGUUCUUUUCGAUAUUAUUAUUGAUGGAAGUAUGUCACGAUGUCCGUAUGCUGCUCUUAGUCACAAUUCUGCUAUUGCUGAUGAAGAAGAAAUCUUGUUUUCUAUGCAUAGUGUAUUUCGUAUUCAGUCAAUUGAAGAAAAUAUGAAUGACGGUAUUUGGCGUGUGAAUUUAACCAUGACGCAUGAAAACGAUCAGCAAUUACAUACACUUACAGAUUAUAUAAGGAAAAGGAUUGAAGGUCCAACUGGUUGGAAUCGUCUGGAGAACUUACUAAUGGAAAUGGGCAAAUGGAAAAUGGUGAAACCUUUGAUUGAAGUAUCAUUAGCCUCAAGUUUACGUGAUGAAGAUCAUAGAAAACAAGCUUAUUUUCACCAUCAAUUGGGAUUUAUCAACGCCAUGAUUGGAGAUUAUACAAUGGCGACCAAACAUUACAAAGAAUCGCUCGCUGUAAGAUCUCCAACAGAUCUUCUAGGAUUAGCCAUGAGUCACAAUGGUAUUGGUUCAACGUUAGAACAACAAGGACAUUUAUCGGAUGCAUUCGAUGAAUAUAAAUGUGCGCUCUCCUUAAUCAAUCAACUUGAUCAAAUUGAUAUCGAAGCUAUUAGUACGGUUCGAAAUAAUAUUGCUGGUGUACUGCGACAUCAAGGAAAGUUGCUGGAAGCAUUGCAUAUUUGUAAUAUUAAUUAUGCAUUAAAUUAUCCAAAUAUAAAUUGGAAAUCAAUUCGUAUUAAUUCAUCAACACCAUCAUAUAUUUUAAAAGUCCUUUUGUUUUGUGCAUCGAUACAAAAACUAAUCAAAUUUUAUUUUUCUAAUUUUACAUCAAGCGAAAUAAUUAAAGUUCGUACACUUGAAGGCACAGCAAUAGGUACGCGAACAAUUAUUCAAUUUGAACCAGUUAAUUUUAUAGCAAUUAUGAUUAAAUGGCAAGAUUCAUCUUUAUCAUAA